UACGGGGUAUCCGUACCUACUGGUUUAGAGGGAUCAAAAUGGUUUUGUUUUGGCCAUUCAGCAGAGUGAGUUUUCUUCCUUCAUGGAGCACUUUUGCUCUCAGGUAUGAUACCUGGGUGAUUUCUUACGGAGUGCUGAUGAAGAAGAAAAUGAUUAUUGAGAUUUCUAGGGAGACGACAACUCCCCUGAUUCGUUCGAGCGCAUCCUUUCGAAAUUGGCCAGCCAAAUCCAGACCCAAACAACAAAGCUAGCCGGCCUCCGUCAGCGCUCUCGCCGUUACAAAGCCCUAUUCACUCUGUAUACAGUGAUAGGGUACAUUCUCUACGUUGUGGUCAUAGUCUUAGUAGUGGGCUGGAAGGAUGCGGGGCCGGUGGAACUUUCGGGAGUGACAGGUGGACCGGUUUGGUACUGCGCUUUACCCUGCUCUACCGGAAACUGUACUAACUCACUUCUUUGGGCAGUAUCUGGUCGGUAAGGAAGUUUUUCGAUCUUUACUAUAACUAUCGUAUCGGGAAUGCAGAGAAUGCUUUGGAAGAGCUGCAAACAAAGCAGAAUGAUACCAUCGAAAAGCUCAAGGCUGCCACCAAGUUCUCAACAACGCAGUCUAUCAUCGAAAAAUAUGGUGGGGGAUCUUCCUCUCCAGCAGACACGGAUAAGAAGCAAAAAAAGCCUGACACGCCCCAAGGAGGUUCCAUCAAUCAACAGUUACGCCAGCGCCCACAGAGUCGGUCAGGACCCCAAGGCCCACCGCAAGUUGCUGGCCCGACUGCGCCUCCAACACCCCAACAAAUCCAGCAGCAGACGAUCCAACAGCAGAUGAUGGCUCAACAACGUGCUGGAUUGCCUUCCCCGGCACAAAUGCAAUACCAAUUACACCACGGGGCUCGGCCAGGCAUGUCCGAAAUUUCGGGCCGACCAGGUCUGAGCGCCCCCCCCCCAUAACCCCCCGCAGCCCCAGCCUUCUUCCCAGCAACUGAACCAGCCUGAGGAAGCAACUGCCCCGAAAUGGUAUGACCGUCUCUUAGAUGUGAUAGUCGGGGAAGAUGAGACUGGUGCAAAAAACCAGUAUGCCUUAAUUUGCAAGAAUUGCCGCAUAGUGAACGGCCUUGCUCCUCCAGGAACCACGAGUCUGGAGGAUAUGGAAUGUUGGGGGUGUGUAAGGUGUGGAACCUGGAAUGGUUGCCCGCCUGGCCAGAGAAGGUAUGCCGGGAGCGAAGGGGGGGCUCGCAGGCCCACUCCCGAUACCCAGGACGGCAGUGAGGCGAAGGGCAGAGGAGAAACCCGGAGCCCAUCACCCAACCCUGAAAACGCCAGCGCUACUGGGAACAAAGCCGGUAAGGAGCAGGAAAUACAAUCAAGCAGCGUCAAGGAGGAUGAUACUCUGGAAAAGGAGGUCAAGCCGGAGAAGGAUUCAAGCGAUGAAGGAACCCCCGAAGCUUCCCAACCAAAGACCAAAAGAGGGAGGGCGAGGAAG